GUCACCAUCCAAACUAAUUCCACGCGCCAGCAAACGAGGAAGUACCAGGCAUGCAUACAGUCGCGAGUUGUGUAUUUACUAGAGACAGACAGACAGUGUUGACAUAUUGUUAGCGUUGUACGUGACGGUCAAACCUGCAUUUCUCGCCGCCUUUUGUGUUUUCUUACGGUGCAUAUGCAGACGUCGGAGUCACAUUAGUUGUCGCUAGCCGGCUAACAGCAUCAGCUAACGUUAGCUGGCUAAUAGUUAGCGAGCAGUAUUUCACUUGGCAACCUUUGCAAUAAAUGUAGUUUGCCUGAAGGCUAUAUGAUUGGCUUUAUUAGCUGUUGCUCUGAUUAUGCUUGAAACUAAAUUACUUUAGUAAGAUUAGCCAGCCAGCUUUAGCUAACUAUCAAGCCGCUGCAAUGGAACUCAUGCUUACGUGCGCGUCCUCCAAAACGCCUUCCAAUAUAAUGAGGUAUGCAUGCUCUACGUGCGUGUCCCUACAAUUCCUGUAGCUUGAGAACAGACUGAUAUGGAAUAGGUGACGAUGCAGCAUGACCAAAGACCCUAUGCACCAUGGCACAGACUGAAAUGAAUUGGGAGCAACAGAUACCUUUACCAAAGCUUUCCCCAUUCCAUGCCAAGAUCGCUGUGGCACUAGUGGCACUGCUCUGCUUCAUCAAUAGCUAUGAUGGAGACUUUGUGUUCGAUGAUUCUGAAGCCAUUGUCAAUAACAAGGACCUGAUCCCAUCCACACCUCUCAACAACAUCUGGAGAAAUGACUUCUGGGGAAGUAACCUGAGCAGCAACAACAGUCACAAGUCCUACAGGCCGCUCACUGUCCUCACUUUUAGGCUUAACUACCUCAUUGCUGGUGGGCUGCACCCAGUAGGCUUCCAUGUGCUGAACAUCGGCCUGCACAGUCUCAUAUCAGCGCUGAUGAUCGACAUGUUCUCCGUACUGAUCGGUGGUUUGGCAUAUGAUGGGAAUGGGAACAGGCUCAACCACGCACCCAAAGCUUCUCUCCUGGCUGGUCUUCUCUUUUCAGCGCACCCCGUUCACACCGAAAGCGUGGCAGGGAUUGUAGGCCGGGCAGACCUACUUUGUGCACUGUUCUUCCAGCUCUCCUUUCUGACCUACUGCAAAGCCUUCAGAGGAGGUAGGGAGAGCGAGGAGAAGUUUUCCAUCCAUUGGAUUGCCGUGAGCCUCUUGCUGUGCGCUGCGGCCAUGCUCUGCAAAGAACAAGGCAUCACAGUCCUGGGGGUGAACGCUGCCUUUGAUGUCCUUCUCAUCUGUAAUGUAAAUGUCUACGAGCUGAGCCAGAGGCUGUUCCUCAGGAGGAAAGCAGAAGACGUGAGUGAGCGGGUGCAGACGGGCCUCCUGAUCCGAUUGGCUCUGCUGGCCAUGGGCGGAGCCUCCCUGCUGUACGCCCGCUGGAGAAUCAUGGGAACUGGGCCCCCUGCCUUCACUGAAGUAGACAACCCAGCAUCCUUUGCAGACAAUGUCUUUCUCAGAAUAGUCAACUAUAAUUACUACUACUCACUGAAUGCCUGGGUGCUGCUGUGUCCCUGGUGGCUGUGUUUUGAUUGGUCCAUGGGCUGUGUGCCCCUCAUUAAGUCAGCGUUUGAUUGGAGGACGGCCUGGCUGCUGCUGCUCUGGUGCUUCCUGAUAGGCUUGAUAAGCCAAGCCUUAUGCUCACAGGACAGCCAGAGGAGGAGGACGUUGACCCUUGGUCUGGUGCUGCUGGUAGUCCCCUUCCUGCCCGCCUGCAACAUAUUCUUCAGGGUUGGCUUCGUCAUUGCAGAGAGGGUCCUCUACCUCUCCUCCGCUGGCUACUGUCUGCUACUGGCCUACGCCCUGGGACACUGCUGCGGCCGCUGGAGCAGAUGCAAGGGGCUGCUCCGUGCCUCCCUGCUGGCCCUGCUAUGUGUGUAUGUGGCUCGCUGUGCCCUGCGCAGUCACCAGUGGCGGUCCGAGCAGAGCCUCUUCACCAGCGCCCUGUCAGUCUGUCCCCUCAAUGCCAAGGUGCAUUAUAAUGUGGGUAAGAACCUAGCAGACAGAGGGAACACCAGUGCUGCCAUCAAGUACUACAGAGAGGCAGUCAGGUUGCACCCUACGUAUGUCCACGCUAUGAACAACCUAGGCAACAUCCUGAAAGAGAGGAACGAAUUGGUGGAGGCAGAGGAGCUUCUGGCUAAAGCUGUACUCGUACAGCCGGACUUUGCAGCAGCGUGGAUGAAUCUGGGAAUAGUGCAAAACAGUCUGAAGAAGUUUAAGGAAGCAGAGCAGAGCUACUGGAACGCCAUCCAAUUCCGGAAGAAAUACCCUGACUGUUACUACAACCUGGGACGCUUGUAUGCAGACCUGAACAGACACCUAGAUGCUCUGAAUGCGUGGAGGAAUGCUACAGUGCUAAAGCCUGACCACAGCCUGGCAUGGAACAACAUGGUCAUACUACUGGACAACACUGGCAACCUAGCCCAGGCGGAGGCAAUUGGCCGAGAGGCCCUAAAGCUCCUCCCUAACGACCACACCAUCAUGUUCUCAUUGGCCAACGUCCUGGGCAAACUACAGAAGUAUAAGGAGUCCGAAGGCUUCUUCCUCCAGGCUCUGAGGAUCAACCCAAAUGCUGCCAGUUGCCAUGGCAAUCUUGCGGUGCUGUACCAUCGCUGGGGGAAGCUGGAGCUGGCGAAGAAGCACUACGAGCAGUCUCUGAAGAUAGAUCCAGAAGCCCCAGGCACCCGGGAAAACUACAACAUGCUGCGACGCAAACUGGACCAGCUUUACAGGACCACACCACCCUGAGGGACUCAACCACUGACUGCAUGCUGCAACACACACACAUACGCAAAUAACCAUUCAUUCAUUCCAGCUUUGUACCGUUUCCAUUAUAUUUAAGAAAUAAAGACUGUUUUGUGUAACAUGUUCUGUUGCUUGUCCCCCAUUAUGGGAAGGGGACUAGAUCGGUCUCUUGUCUGUUCGUACUUUAGUCACACGCGAUGUCUGACAGCACUGGCCCGAUUUUAAAUAAACUUGGGUGAAUGAUGCGUCUUCCCUUACUGGGGAAAAAAAAACCUUUUUCACAUGCAAAUUCGUUUUGUGGCGAAUUGUGAACUUCUGGAAAACUUGUGGCGAACAUUCUACUGUUUGCAAAUUUGUUUCAAACUGUAUGAAUAUGCAAAUAAAAUCAGAUUUUUGGUUA